AUGAAGCACUCCACCACCACCAUGAUCUCAGCCACACUCCUUUCACUUCUCCUCCUCUUCCUCACCGCCCAUCUCGCCAGCGCCCAAGCCAACAUCCAAGACACAUGCAAAUCAGCAGCGGCAGCCAACCCAGUCAUCAACUAUGACUUCUGCGUCUCCACCUUCCUACGCAACCCAAAGAGCGGCUCCGUCGACACCCGCGGCCUUGCCAGCAUCGCCGCCCUCACCUCCGUCAACCAAGCCUACAACGUCAAGGACAACAUCAACAACCUUCUCGGCAACUCACCGGACCCGCCGACCAAGUCCGGUUUGGACCAGUGCAUGAGUUUGUACACGUCCAUGCUGAACACGUUGGCUCAGGCUGUGGACGCCAUUAAUGGUAUGCAAGAUGAUAAUGCAAAAGGGUUGUUGAAUACGGCGAUAGGGGCGGCCCAGAACUGCGAGGCGGCGUUUGGCCAGGCCGGAACGGCGUCGCCGUUGACACAAGGGAAUAAUGACUCCGUUGAGCUUUCUUCCAUGGCUCUUGCCAUCCUUGACCUCGCUAAUUAG